GACCGGGCGCUACUGGCCGUUGAAGGGGCGCCAAGCCGUUCGUUUGGGGUAGACCCUCCUACGUAGCAGCCGCUGACGACAUGGAACCCCACUGCGGCCGUCUAUCACCCCGGGAAAUGUUGGCCACCGCCCAGGAACAUUGGCGGCAUGCAUGGUUGCUGACCCUGGCUAUGGAUCGACCAGGGGCGAGAAAGCAUGAGCGAGAUGGGCGUCUUUAUAACUGGCCCUUUCUUCCUGGCCCCCCGGUUUCUUACUAUUGACGGUAAACUUGGUCGCAGUUUCAUGUCUAGCAGUUGACGAUGGCUUCCUCCAGUCCCUCAUCCGAAAAGACGGCGUUGGCCGAGGCAGAGAUUGGCCAGCAGCCCGAGCAUCAUGAUGCUCACCACCGUCAUGACCACCACUUGCGUUCCAAGGAGCUUGAAGAAAUUGAGCGUAUAGAUGCAUUGGCCACGGCGCAAGGGACGACACUCGAGUCCUUCGCUCACUUGGACGAGAAGAAGAUAUUGCGAAAGAUGGACCUGCGUCUGAUCCCGAUGCUUGCGCUUCUCUAUCUCCUUUCGUUCCUUGACCGUGGAAAUAUUGGCAACGCAAAGAUCGAAGGGUUGCAGGAGGAUCUCGGGAUGCGCGACCACGAAUACAACUGGUGCCUCACCGCAUUCUUCUUCACAUAUGCCGCCUUCGAAGUCCCGAGCAAUAUGCUCCUGAAGAAGCUCCGCCCCAGCCGGUGGCUGCCUUUUAUCAUGGUUGGAUGGGGCACCGUCAUGACUCUGAUGGGCAUUGUCAGGAACUAUCACGGCCUGUUGAUUGCUCGCCUCUUUCUGGGCGUGGCGGAGGCCGGUCUCUUCCCCGGUGUCGCUUACUAUCUAACCAUGUGGUACUGCCGCCACGAGAUCCAGUUCAGGCAGGCCCUCUUCUUCUCCGCCGCGUCUAUAGCCGGGGCCUUCAGCGGCCUCCUGGCCUUUGCCAUCUCCAAGAUGGACGGCGUUGCCGGACUGGAGGGGUGGCGGUGGAUCUUCAUCCUCGAGGGCAUCGCGACUGUGGCAGUUGCCAUCAUGGCCUUCUUCGUCUUGCAUGAUUUUCCCGAGACGGCAACCUUCCUCACCGAGGAGGAGCGUGCUUUCGUCGUCUUCCGCCUGAAAUAUCAGGGGCAAGCUCAGGCCAAGGGCCAGAACCAGGCACGCGUUGCUGAGGCUGACGAGUUCAAGUGGAAGUACGUCCGUCAAGCAUUCGCUGACUGGCAAAUUUGGGUCAACAUCUUCGUUUAUUGGGGUAUCGUCUGUCCCCUGUAUGGGAUCAGCCUCUUCCUCCCAACCAUUAUCGCCAACCUAGGAUAUACGGCUAGCAAGGCUCAGCUCAUGACUGUGCCGAUUUACAUAACCGCGGCCAUUCUAGCCGUGAUAUUCGCCUAUAUCUCGGACAAGGUUGGCAAGAGGAGCCCCUUCAUUAUCGCCUUCCUCUGCGUCAUGAUUGUCGGGUUUUCCAUGUGUAUAUCCGUCGACCCGACAGAGAAGCCUCGCGUCGUCUACGGUGGCGUUUUCAUCGCCGCAUGUGCCAUCUAUCCCGCAUUUCCUGGCGUCAUUACCUGGCUGGCCAACAAUCUAUCCGGCAGCUACAAGCGGAGCGUGGGAAUGGCCAUUCAAAUCGGUGUCGGUAACCUUGGCGGCGCGUUCGCCUCGAACUUCUACCGCGCACCGGAUAAGCCGCGCUACAUCCUUGGCCACGGCUUGGAACUUGGGUUUAUCUCUGCGGGUAUAAUUGCGGCGUUGAUCUUGGUCGCGGGCUAUUCGCGAGUCAACAAGAAUCGGGAGAGGAAGAUGGCAGAGGGCAAUGAUUAUAGCGUCGAGGAGCUUUCGGGUAUGGGCGAUAAAGCAUGCACCUUCCGGUAUAUGUACUGAAACCCUCGCGGAUGGCCAGCUUGGUAUGAAAGUAGAGAUAACAGCCACGAGCAGGUUGGGGGCGGUUCAUUCAUGAUAAAUAAGAAGGCCCUAUAACUCUGUGACCUAGUUUCUAGCUGAAGCUAAAAGCAACCGGAAUUAAUGCUCCAAUACAAAAUUCUUUGUCCA